CAACAACGAGUUUGGACGAAUACAAAAGAGAUCAUGUCUGUUCGAGCUUUAACUUGGGUGUAUCGCCUCGCUCUUCCCGUCGCCAUCGGCGCAUCGCUCGUGCAGUCGUCGAUCUACGACGUCCAAGGCGGCACGCGCGCCGUCAUCUUUGACCGUUUCUCGGGAGUAAGACAGACCGUCGUCUCCGAGGGCACGCACUUUUUGAUUCCCUGGCUCCAGCGCGCGGUGAUCAUGGACGUCCGCACCACCCCGCGCAACAUCUCGACCACGACCGGUUCGAAGGAUUUACAAAUGGUCUCGCUCACGCUGCGCGUGCUGCAUCGUCCGGAGGUUAGCCGCCUGCCGCAUAUUUACCAGAACCUCGGACUCGACUACGACGAGCGCGUGCUGCCGUCGAUCGGAAACGAGGUGCUCAAGGCGAUCGUCGCGCAGUUCGACGCCGCCGAGCUCAUCACUCAGCGCGAGAUUGUGUCCGCCCGCAUCCGCGACGACCUCGUCAAGCGCGCUUCCGAGUUUGGCAUCGCGCUCGAGGACGUGUCGAUCACGCAUAUGACGUUCGGCCGCGACUUUACAAAGGCGGUCGAGCAGAAGCAGAUUGCGCAGCAGGAGGCCGAGCGCGCGAGGUUUGUCGUCGAGCGCGCGGAGCAGGAGCGGCAGGCGUCGGUUAUCCGUGCCGAGGGCGAGGCCGAGGCCGCCGAGACGAUCUCGAAGGCGCUCGAUAAGAAUGGCGAUGGAUUGAUUCUGAUCAGACGGAUCGAGGCCGCGAAGGAGAUUGCUUCGACGCUCGCAAAGUCGCCGAAUGUUACUUAUGUUCCGGGUGGUGAGAAUGGCGGGUCUGGAGCGAAUGCGCUGUUGUUGAACGUUGGCAGAUAAGCGCUGAUGGAUGGUUGUUGUUACGAGUUCUCUAUGUAAAUAAAUACUCUUGCCUUUCUACUCUCAUCUAUAUGUCGUAGGAUUAUGCGAAUAGUAUUCUCCGAUGCUCUAUAUUGUAUGAUACAAUCAAUCUACAACCAUACAUAGUCAUUAUUGUUCUAUGUAAAUGGUACUCUACUGUGAUUUAU